GAAAUAGGUAUCUCUCUUUCAGAAUAGCUUUCUCUAUAUUUCUGUCUGUCUUACCAGUAUUUCUACUGCUCACAUUAUUCAAUGGAAUGAUUAUUAUUAGCAUUUUAUGCCCCCCAUAUCAUAAUGCAUUGGCAUUUUGAAGAAGCAGAUCUCCAGACAUGUACUGUAGAUGUUUGCCUCAGUGUGCGGCUACUAGUUCAAAUAACCUUUAUCACUAGCAGGCUAGACCUGCUGGGAACUGUCAUGUUUUGUAAAUGUCCCAUCGCGGGUUCCGUACUAAUUAGCAGGAAGUGUAUUUAUUUAUUUACGGUAUCUAUAGUGGAGAGUUGACGGCAAACUAGGAAAUGUGAACACUCUGUUGUGACUCUUUUUGACAAUUUCUAACAUUAGAAAUGGCAGAGUUACGGUUGGAUUUAGACAGUCAUCUACAAUAUGGGCUAUUUGACAGCGAUUUAGCCGAUAUUUGCAUUGAUCAUGAUGGCGAAUGGGACAUCAACCUGUUUAAAGAACUUGAAAACCUAAGUGAUGCAGAAGAACUGCUUCAAGAAUUUGAGUUCACACCACCUGAUGAAACAACACUGCAACAAGAGGUGAAUGACAUUAAUCUGUUACAAUGGAGAUCCUUCGCCAGUGGAGAUACUGACGGUUGCUGCACAGAUGUAGGAGUGCCUGGGUCCUCCCUAUCAUUUGGAUCUGCGGUUAGUGAUACCUCCUCACUGUCACCACUAUCCUUGAAAGAAGAUGAUGUGUCUAUGCAGCCUUUACCGACUAUGGUGUCUCCUGAAAAGAAAAUAAACAAGCGAGUCAGCCCAUCUCCCAGAGCCAAGCGACCUGCCCACCCAAACCAGAGGGUGUCCAUUCAGCCCAAACUUCCCCCCUCUGUCCUCCUCACCCAACCCUUGGCCCCUCCUGUCAAAACCAGGACCAUUGUCAUCCAGCCCGUUAGCCUGCAGACUGUGGUCUCAGUGAUCAAGGAUCCACUGCAUGCUACUGCACCCUCUACUGCAGCAGUUCCUACGAUGCAUCUCCAGCCGAGACUGUUGAUUGGACCCCAGAUCGCUUCCCCAGCUCCUCCCCUCCUCGCUGUCACCAACCAGGUGUUCACCAUGCCAAUUGUACCCCAUCAUGUUACCAUGGGGACCACUUCUGUUUCUGGCCCCACCCAUCCCAUGGCAAUGACCUAUCACAACACAGCUGUGGAUACUGAGGUGUGUGUGGAGCGGCGGCAGCAAAGGAUGGUGAAGAACCGUGAGUCGGCCACGCUGUCUAGGCUGAGGAGGAAGGAGGCCCUGCAGGCCCUGGAGGCCCGUCUCAGGGGGGCGCUGUGUGAGAACCAGAGGCUGCUCCAGGAGAACGGAUCCCUCAGAACCCAGCUGGACGGACUGCUCACUGAGAACACUAUGCUAAAGGUGACAGCUCCAAAGAGACGGGCUGUGUGUCUCAUGGUCGUCCUGGUGUUCUUCGUGCUCAACACUGGUCCCCUGAGUGUGUGGGAGUCAGAGCCCAGCAGCUCAAGUCUGUCCACGGGGAUGCCACAAAGCAGCCGUCAUCUGCUCAGCUUCUCCCCCGACCUACAACAGAGGAGAGGGGAGGAAACACCAGCCCCCCAGUCCCCAUUGGAGCCGAUGGACGCUCAGUACCCACAAUCCCACCAAUCCCAGGACAGGUGGGAGGACUAUGCUCCAGAGGACAUGACUUCCCACUCUUCUGUCUCCAGGACCAAGUCCCUCCGUCUGGCUCAGAACCUGAGAGGCUGGGUUCAUCGACACGAAGAGGAGAGGACCAAGUCCACGCAUUCUACCACCGAUCAAUCCAGACAUACAACAACUGAUCAGCACACAACCAAAACUGUCCUGGCAGAGCAGGCAACAGAUGGCACACAGACAGCAGAGUUGGGGACAGAUAUGCAGGGACAGACUGGCAGAGACAGGGAGUCUCAGAAGUCACCUGAGAGGCCUCAGACGACCCAGUCCAGUAACUCGGUUGUAACAGUCAGCUACUCUGACAGACCAGGAAGUGAGGUUCUGGUGUACUACUCACACCAUCAAAGCUACAGCGACUUCUUUGAUGAGUUAAAUCGACGAGGCGACACUUUCUAUAUGGUGUCCUUUCGCAGGGAUCACCUUCUGCUCCCUGCGACCAACCACAGCAAAGGGAGAAGGCCAAAGAUGUCCUUGGUGUUACCAGCUAUUAAUGUGAAUGACUCUGUCAUCAAGGAUGACACAUUUGAGGUGAUGAUGCAGAUUGACUGUGAGGUCAUGGACACCAAGAUCCUCCACAUCAAAACCUCCAGCAUCCCAGAGUUCCUACGUGCCAACACCACUGACUUCCAGGCUGCAGCAUCGGUUGGUGUUCUAUCAGACUCUGCCUGAACUUCACUUCAACCAGAAUACCUGGCAAUCUGAAAGCCUAUAAUUUAGGCAACAUUUUGAUAUAUUGAUAAACUGUGACAACAAUUUUUGCCUUGUUGUAUCCUCUCUGGAAAUGUUCUGCAUCAAUUUCGUACAUCCUCUGUCUUAUUUCACAAGUCCUUAUACCUCUGAUGUUACAAAUCUAUCAAGACUUAUAAAGAAGUUGUCCAGCAACUGUUUGCCUCCAUAUUGCUUGGUUUAGAGCGUCUGGUUUAUGUUAAAUUGACAGGCUGCCAAUGCAGGCAUCUAGGUCAUUUGUUAGGAUAAAUAUGGGACUUAAUGUUGAACCCUGUGGAACCCCUUCAAAAAAUUCCUUCACUGUCUUGACCCUACAGCUAUUUAAUUGAGCCAUAAUUUUACCAAAUGUAACCUAAUACCUUUAUACAAAACAGUAAUUGAUUCUGGACCCUAUUGAUGGAACCAAGCCAUGUUAACAAGAUCAUUUUCACAUAUAUUAAAGUUGUUAAUAGACAUAUCUGGUGGAGUUAUGAUUCUUACUUUUUAUAAAGCCAUGUUGAGUGAACAAACAAUGUAAGCAAUACAUUUACAUUUUUGUCAUUUAGCAGAUGAUCUUAUCCAGAGCAACGUACAGUUUGUGCAUUCAUCUUAAGAUAGCUAGGUGGGACAACCACCUAUCAGAGGCAUAGUAAGUAUGCUUUCCUCAAAGUAGUUAUCAGGAAAGUCAGAGCUAGCAAGGGGUGGGUGGUCAAGUGCAAGUGUGGUUCAGUUUAAUUUAUUUCAUUUUUUUACUCCUUAGUAUGUGCAGUAUCACACAAACAUGAUCGAAGUUAUGAUGUGGCCAUUAGGGGUGUAAUAAAGAAUUUGUUUUGUUUGAGUUGCUUAAUGGUUUUCAGAAAUAAAACCAUGGACAGUAACAUGUUCUAAUAUUGA